UAAUCGAACAGUGUACAUGCCGCGCUGAACGCACCGCUAAGCAGAGUGUAUUUGAAUAUUUUCGCUUGCCGCGUCCCAACGGCGCGUUGAAGCAGUGAAUUUUCUGAAUUUUCCAAUAAUUGUGUGUGGAGCUGAAAAGUGUGUGUUCAGCAACAAAAAGUGAUUUCCAUUCAGUCUCAACAACAAAAAUAACAAUAAUAACAACAACAAGAACAAUAACAGUGUGGAAUAUAUCUAAUAAGGGGUGGUGAUAGCAGCAACGCAUCAGCAGCAGCCACACGGCCAGCGUCCGCCCCAUUCUACAGCAACACCAACAACAACAACAAUAGCAGCAACUGCAGCAGCACUAGUAGAUAGUGGUACUAGUAGCAGCAGCAGCAGCAGCGGCAUUGCGCAGCGCGUGUUCGUACUCUCUCACGCCAUACGCCAAGCGGUGUGUUAUUUUUGUAACUGAUAUUUGUCUAUAUCUUUGUUAUUCUCCUGCGCGCGUGUUUCAUUAGGGUGUUUGUUGUGUGUGCGCGCUCGAUAGCCGAAAAGCGCCCAGCAUAGCAGCAGCAGCAAUACACUCGCGCGCAAUGUGCCAUCAUUUGCUGGUACACAACCACACGCACAUACAUAUAUAGGCACUCGUACUCGCACUUGUGGUGUACAUAUCCACUACUCAUCCAGUCGAUACAUUUGCGUUUCAAAUUUGAUUUCAAUUCAGAUACGUCUCGUUACCAAAGCAGACGCGUUUCCGUUUUCCGCUACCACUGUGAUUGCCGCCAUACAAGCUGCUGCUACACUUUUUUCAGCCAAACGUGCGCUCCGUCACAAAAGUCAAAUUCCUCCAAGUGUUGUACAAUAACAACUGCUCACUACUCAGUAGCGUUAGUGUCGGUGUGUGACAGUGUGGUGUAUUAAGAAUUGUGAAUUAAAGGCAUCUACAGCUUAGCCUAAUUACGCGAACGGCUUAAAUUAUUAGCAGACUAAGCCAGUGCGAAUCCCCGAACAAAGCUAACUGAACUAAAGAGUGUGCAGCUGAACUGUGUGUGUACUACGCAUAUGCAUGUGUGAGUGUUUUGUUUUUUUAUUAAGCGUAAAAAACUAAAGCUCUUUAACGCGCUUAAGCUCUGCGUAAGCACUUAGCUACAUAAUUUGUUAUUUUGUGGAUACGUGAACGUGAAUUUUUUUCAAAGGUUUUGCGUGAAAUACUAAAAACAAAAAAAUACGUACUACUAUUUACAAUAAUAAACAGCAGCAGCAAAUAUUGAAUUGUGAAAAAAGUAUUUUUAUGAAAUAUACAAUAGAGUGACAACAACAUUACAAUUUACAACAACUUUAAAGUUAAAAAAGUGUCAAAAAGUAAUUUAGCUAACUGUUUCACAUUAAAAAUAAUAAUAAAAAAAAAAAAUUGCGUGAAAAUAUUUUAAAAAUUUUAGCAGCAAAAACUCGUUACAAAAAACACUAUAUUACGCAGUUAUCUCUAAAAAAAUAUUAAUAAAAAUCUAAAAGUAAAAAAGAAAAACAAAAAAUACAACAGCACACGUUCCGUUUUUGAAAUUGCUGCUAUUUUCAUACACGCACACAAAUUUCCAUUUACAACUUCGAUUUGUCGCCGCGUCUUGCCAUUUGAUUUAUGCCUCUUCAAGCGCUCACGACCCGUCGGUUAAACACCCAUGUGCAGUGACAGUAAAUUAGUGCGUCGAAAUACACAAAUCAGCCAUUACAACUACAAAAAAUCAAAAGCAUAAUAAAAACUAUAUCACACAGUAGUAAAAUCCGAAAACUUUGUCAGCUAGUUCGAUUCAUUAUAAGUGGAUUAAACGCUGAUAUCGGCCACCUUGUGCUUGAAGCAGCUACUUACACAUUGAGUCACCACGUAUCUACGCCACGCCUUACACACCGCACAGUUGCAGGCGAACGGCACAAUCAUCGAUCGCACUAACGACCGUACGACGCCACACACAGCGUCCGCGUACGUGCCGACCAAUAUUACGCCAACGUUAGACUAUACCGGCCUCACCACGACGACUACAUUUUUGCAACACUUCAAGGACGUCGUCACGACGAAGUUCUCCGGCAGAGAUCACCACCUGCCACCGCUGCAUCCGCAUCCGCAUCCGCACCAGCAGUCGGCCGCACUGCAUCACCAUCAGCCACAUCAGUCUGUGGCACAAAGCUUUUCCACCAUUUUUCCCACGUACUUAGGCAUGGAUCGCGCCGGUGGCGGCGGCGGUGGUGCCGUCGCUGCUGGCAGCGGUCUGGGUGUGGUCCACAAUUCGGCCGGCACCGGUGGUGCGCUAAAUGGUCUCGAAGCAAUGUCAGCCGAAUCGACCGGCCUCUGUUUGCAGGAUUUAGUAAGCGCUGGCACAGCAGCGGGUGCCGGUUCGGCAGGUUCGGCUGAGAGUACCAACACAACAAGCACUGCACUCAGUAGUGGCAGUACUGGCAGUUCAACGGUGAAUGGUAGCGCCGGUUCGGCCACGGGACAAGAGCAUUUGCACAAUCAUCACAGUCUACAUGACUCCAAUUCGUCGGUUAGCAUUUCACCCGCCAUCUCGAGUCUGAUGCCAAUCGGCAGUCUGAGUCAUUUACAUCAUACAGCUGGUCAGGAUUUGGGCUAUCCGCAGCAUCCACAUCACGCCGUGGUGCCACCGCAUACGCCGAAGCAUGAGCCGCUCGAGAAACUGAGAAUUUGGGCCGAGACUGGCGAUUUUCGUGAUAGUCAUAGUUCCAUGACCGCUGUAGCAAAUAGUUUGGAUAGCACACAUUUAAAUAAUUUUCAAACGUCCUCAUCAUCGGCGUUGUCGAACCGCAAUCGUGAUCGUAAGGAUGGUAAUCGUUCCGUCAAUGAGACCACAAUCAAAACCGAAAACAUAUCAAAUUCCGGUCAUGACGAACCGAUGACAACCACCACAGAUGAGCCGAAAAACGAUAAGAAAAACAAACGUCAACGCCGCCAGCGCACACAUUUCACAUCACAACAACUGCAAGAGCUGGAGCACACAUUCAGCCGGAAUCGAUAUCCGGAUAUGUCGACACGCGAAGAGAUCGCCAUGUGGACAAAUUUGACCGAAGCACGCGUUAGGGUGUGGUUCAAGAAUCGUCGUGCCAAGUGGCGCAAGCGCGAGCGCAACGCCAUGAACGCAGCUGUUGCUGCCGCCGACUUCAAAUCCGGCUUUGGUUCACAAUUUAUGCAACCCUUCGCCGAUGAUUCGCUCUACUCGUCAUAUCCGUACAAUAAUUGGACUAAAGUGCCAUCACCGUUGGGCACGAAACCUUUCCCCUGGCCGGUAAAUCCACUCGGCUCCAUGGUGACCACCAAUCAUCACCAAAACUCGGUGAACUGCUUCAAUACCGGCGCUAGCGGUGUGGCGGUCAGCAUGAACAACUCCAUGUUGCCGGGCACAAUGGGCUCUACGUUGACCAACAGCAAUGUCGGCGCCGCACCAUGUCCCUACACCACGCCCGCCAAUCCGUACAUGUACCGUGCCGCCGCCGAACCCUGCAUGACGUCGAGCAUGUCAUCGAGUAUUGCCACACUACGCCUAAAGGCCAAACAACACACCACCGGUUUUGCCAGUCCCUACUCGGCACCGUCGCCAGUGUCGCGUUCCAAUUCAGCGGGUCUGUCCGCCUGUCAAUACACCGGUGUGACUGAUGUUGUCUGAGAAAACGCCCUCGGGGCGCUACUCAAUCAACAUCAACAUCAUUUGCAUCACUUCUCCGCCAGCAGUGGUGGCGGUGUAUCCGCACACUCACCCAAUCUCAACAAUAAUUUACAUCAUUUACACAACAAUAAUAAUAACAACAACUUGUUGAACAACAACAACCUGCUGCUAGAUCAUAAUGGCGAGCUGAGCGUGGGUGUGGGCAGUCUGGUGGGCAACGGUGUGCACAAUAACAAAUCACCGCUGGGACAUCAACACAGUGAUAUGGGGGAUGGCAACGGCGGCCGUGGCGGCAAUGGUGGUGGCACAAAUAACGGACUGUUGGGGCCGAAUGUCAAUAGUGAUGGCGGCGACGAAGUGGAGGAGGUCAUCGACUAAAGCUGUCGAGGGUGGUUUUAAUUGGGUAGAGUUACUAUAAUGC